UCAUAUUACCUAUUAUUAGUCCUAUACACACAUAAAACAUCCUUGUUCUUGUUCUUCCUGAGAUAAAUCAUGGAACAACAACAACAACAUUCAUCAUCAGCAAACAGCAACAACAACAACAAUGGUACUAGUAGUCACAUGAACAGUGGUAGCAGGCAAAGCAGCACAAGGUGGACACCAACAACGGAUCAGAUAAGGAUAUUGAAGGAUUUAUACUACAACAAUGGAGUAAGGUCUCCAAGUGCAGAACAGAUUCAGAGGAUCUCUGCUAGGCUUAGACAGUAUGGUAAGAUUGAAGGCAAGAAUGUCUUCUACUGGUUCCAGAAUCACAAGGCCCGUGAGAGGCAGAAGAAGAGGUUCACUUCUGAUUCUACUACUACUAUCAAUGCCAAUAAUCUUCCACUUCCAACCAUGCAUAGAGGAUCCACCAUUAACAACAACAACAAUGCUCCUAAUUGUUGGAAUAAACCUACUGAAGACAUUACUACUACUACUACCUUUCGGAUUGCAUCUUCUUCUUCUUCUGCUGGGAUGGUUGGUGUGGGCCAGAUGGGGAAUUAUGGCUGUGGAUCUGUUCCCAUGGAGAAGAGUUUUAGGGAGUGUACAAUAUCUGCAGGUGGAGGAAGCAGUGUUGGUGGUGCCAUAAACCACAACCUGGGAUGGGUUGGUGUGGAUCCUUAUUCAUCAACUUACACUGCUUUCUUUGACAAAAUAAGGCCUGAGAUUGAAACCCUUGAACAAGAACAAGGUGAUGAUAAUAAUGAUGAUGAAGAAAUUGAUGAUGUCACUGAGAUUGAAACCCUGCCUUUGUUCCCUAUGCAUGGUGAAGACAUCCAUGACUAUUGCAGCCUCAGAUCCAAUAAUUCUUCUUCUUCUUCUUUUAACUAUGAUCAUCAUCAUCAUGGAUUCAACAACGGUGGUUCUCGUGCUUCCUUGGAGCUUAGUCUCAAUUCCUACGGUCGCAAGUCUCCAGAUUAUGCUUGAAACUUGUUAAUUAAUUAGCUUACACAUCAUUAUUAAUUAACCAGAGUACUAUGAUAUAAUAUGAUAGGUUAGUAGCUUAAGUAGUUAUGUUUCCAUUUUCCAUAAUUAGUUUAUUUUAUUAGGCACUGUUAUGUAUGUCUUCAACAUUGUCCUCUUCUGCUCUUUCACUUUCUUCAAUCUUCUCAGGAGAGAGAGAGAUGUUCCCAUGCUGACACAUGUCAUGCAGGGAGAGAUGAACUUAAU